AUGAUAAACUCACAGCUCAAACUCUCAUUGAAGUUCAACAAGCUGUUGACGAACGUCCAGGCCAACGAUGCUCCAUUCACACCCGUUGCUCAGACAAUUUCAACACCCGUUGAGCAGCUCGCUGGACAACAAGGAGGGUACUUUGGUUAUCAAAACCCGCAAUAUAACGAAAGUGAUGACAUACUUCCAGGACACGAUCUGGACACAAAAGUGUACACUCUUUCCUUUACUAACGAUUUUGAUCAAAUGGUCCUCAGUGUCUACUCGGAUAUCGUGUCACGUCCUACAACAACCCCAUUCUCGGGCGUAGUACCGCCUCUGGGAAUUGCGCUGAUAGUAUCAAACGAAACGUUGAACAUCAUUCGUGACAAAGAUAAUGACCUUUUUCCAUGUGACACGCAAUCCAUUAUGACGCCUGAUGUAUUACGCGAUGAUCAGUUGGCUCCUGUUUUUCUUCAAUUGAUUCGAAAGCGACUUAUUGAGUUGUGCAUCUCCCAUUCGCGAAGUCAGAAUCCUCCAAACAUUACGACUGUGACUGUUUCGGGGCAAAGCAAAUCGUUCUCAAAUACUUCGAAGAUGUACAACAUUUCAAACUUAUCACUCAACGAAUUGAACAUAUCUAAUUACAAUUCGACUGCUUCGGUUCCGCCCCAACUCAAUCGACUGCGGCUGAGAUUACUGAAAUUGAGUCGUCACAAUUCAAACACCUGGCUUCAUGUUGGCAACAUUUCGUCCAUCAAAAAUGCUAACAUGUCAACCGACUCUUUUACAGACUACGUUCCCCAACUGUAUAUCAAUCGUCUGGCAAAUUCGUGUGGCUUGAAUAGUGUGGGCAACCUUGAUUGCACUCCACCUCAAGCCCUUAAACCCCCUCAAAGCACUCCUCCUCAACUGCUUCAAUCCCUUCAACAGCAAUUGGGUGAUCUUGAUGAAUUCACGUUUUUCAAUCAGCAUCACCCUCCGGCUCGUCUGCCUUUCAUGCAUGAUCAAUCUCCGCGACUGGACCCCGAAAGCCUGGUGCUGAGAACGUCACUGAUCGGGGGUCAGUCGUCAAUGAUGGCUGUGGACACUUUAGAUCUGCCUUUUAUGCUGACAAUUGGCGCUGGAGAGACAGGAUAUUUCAGCAACGGCUUUCAGCCGCCCCCUUUAUUAUCCUUGAAUAACGUCUCUCUGAGCCCUCUCAAAGAAGAAAAUGACAAGGUCGGUCUCCCUUAUAGCUACUCGUUGAGCGAGAAGAAGCGAGAUUCAUUGAAGAUGAAGCGAGGAAUUCAUUGA